AGGACGAGUCUGUGGCGGCGGCGACGGCGGCAAUGGCAUCGUUUCUAAAUGUUUUUGUAAUUUCUGAACUCUCGUAUUAUUUGCAGUUAGAUUAGUCGCUUUUAUCGGUAACGAACAAUCACGGUGAGCCGGCUAAUAAUUCAAGAACAAAUUAUAUAAUAAAACCUUGCGGAUAUAAUCUCAAGUAUUCCAUUGAAUAAAAUGGAGGGAGGUGAUGGCCCUUCGGCCAUAAGUAGUAAUCCUACUGCUAUUAAAGCUGCACAAGAAGAGAUGGGAAGAUUGGAUGUUCUUGUAUGUGGUCAGUGCCAUUCAGUUUUUCAUUUCAUUGAAGAAUUUCAAGAGCAUCGUACAAAAGAAGGCGCUUGUACUCAAGUUUCACAUUUUCGUGAAAAUAGCAAUAAUGAGCAAAAAGCACAAGUGUGGGCCUUUCUUUUAUGGAAAGAUUCACAAAUCCAGCAGGAAGGGUCAGACAAGGACUCAACAAAUUCAUGGAAACUUUAUCAGAAAUGGUGUAAAAUGGAUACGCAUAUAAGAGAUUCUUGGAUUGCAGCUGGAAAAACCAUUCAAACGUUUACCAAAAUCAGUAAUGCAAAAAUGCAGGAUGCACCAAGACAGAAUCAAAUAAGUACCAAUGCAGAAGGAAAAUCUGUCGUUGUUCGUAAAGUUAUUCGCAAUGGACAGCCGGAGGAUGCUGAAAGGAAAGACGGUAAAGCUUCAGAAACAAGGAAUCAGAAAAACGAGUCUUUCGAUACUGAAGUAGAAAAGAAGGAGAAGCCAAAAUUGAAACCUUCUAUAAAACCCAAGGGUAAAUCUAGUAAAGCCGGCGAAGAGGACAGAGAUUCAAGCGAUGAAGAAUAUACGGUAGAAAAAAUUUUAGCGAAACGUUUCAAUCCGAAAAAGAGAUGUUCCGAGUAUUUAUUGAAAUGGGAGGGUUAUGGACAUGAACAUAAUACAUGGGAACCUGCCGAGCACGUAGCUACAUGUAAACAUUUGUUAGAAGAAUUUGAAAGAAAUCUUGCUAAGCAGAAGGAAUUAAAAGCAGCUCAACAGCAGGCUAAUUCAAAAGCAGCAGGACGAGGAAGUCAUCUUGCUCAUAAAACUGUUAUAAAAGCAGAAGCUAAACCUGGACCAAGUACUGCAGUUCAUGUAGGGCGACCAAUGCGUUCAAGUAAAUCAAAAGCAAUGGAUCAAGUGAAGCAAUGGUGCGGUUCAAUGAAAGACGAGGACAAUGAUUUAUUAGGGAAAAGAAGAAUGGAUUAUUCCGAGAGUGAUUCUGAGGACGGAGGCAGCAGUGCUGCAAAACGAGCAAAAGGUGAUACUGGUAGCGACGAAGAUUGGACUGGAGAGUCCGAGGAGGAGAGAUUAUUGGGUCGAAGCGACGUGAUCCAACGAGCAUUUAAUCGCGCCAAUGCUCAGUCAAACGGUUCUAACAGAGCGAGUGGUUCGUCUUCAGAUCUUGCUACUUCUUUGGGACUUCAGUCUCCCGAAGGGGCGAAAUCUAAUCAACCGCCAGUUUUAGUUGCGAACGCUAAAGGUGUGGUUAAAGUAGACCCGAAGCAAAUGCCAAACUUAACGUCUGGCGUGUACGUAAUGUCUCGUAAAGAUGGGAUCAUCAAAUUGGAUUCAUCCCCUAGCGGGAAAUUAUCCGUAAAAGGUUCGCCGACUACCCAAGGUGUUUUGAUGGUUCAAAAUCGGGAUAAUACUAACGUAGUGAGGAAGCAAGUAAUAUCCGCAUCGCAGUCAAAUUCAGUAACACCUGUAAAGGUGGUAUCUAAAAUGGAUGGAAGUCAAGUAGUAACCCAGAUGAAAGUAGUUUCUAAGCCGGUUACAACUAAAACAGGAGGUACACAGAAAACAGAGCCUAUAAAGAUCCAGCCGAAACCAGAUCCGACACAGUUACCGCAGAUACAUGUCGUGACCGCGGUGCCGGCUCCCAUAACUUUGCAACCAAGACUAAGUACAGGAAUACGUCCUGGACCUGUUACAGGCCAACGCGGUGCGGACGGUCGUCCAUUGUUACCGAGACCUCCGCUGCGCGCGACGACACCCACUAGCGUACUCGGAAUCGGAUCUACAAUUCGCACACCUGUCAGGGCGCCAGCCCCGAGACAAGUUCAGUCCCAGCAAGCUCGUCAGGUGCUACAAAAACGUACAACAGCUGUAACCACCCAAAGUAAUUCGGUGAGUCCUGGAAAUGUUACUCAGAUUAGACCGAAGUUUACGGUGCUUAGUCCACAGCCGAAGCAAGUGAUAAAGUCUGGAACUAGUCCAGUGCAACAGGUUAAACAGCCGCCGAAAACACCAGUUGGUAAGCCACAGUCAUUAUUAUCUCCGCAACAAAAGUUAUUAAUGGCUAAAAGGAAAGCUCAAGAAGCAGCAGGUAUCAUUAAACCAGGUGGCCGUGGCCUCCUAGCAGGUGCUCGUGCUACCGCCGGACGAGGUAGAGGGAAAUUGGCUGAAACACCAACCGCAGCUACCGUGCCGGGAAGCAAACAGAAAGAAAGUAAAUUGGCGGAGGGCGAUGGGCUUCACAUGGAAUUCCACGAGGUAGGCUCCGAAGAGAGUAGCAGCGAGGGUGAACCGGAACUUCCACCUCCGGAGGCCGAUACCAUAGCCACUACGGAACCGGACAGUCCACCCAGACCGUUCACUUUGUGCCCGUUGACCGGACGUAUCAUCGGUCCGGAUGGUGAACCAGUCGAGCAACCAGCUGAGCCAGAACCCGAACCGGAACCCACCACGCCGUUGUCCACCGUCAAAACUACUACCACCACAUCCGAGAGUAUAGACGUUACUGCUACCGCUACCACGACAGAAUUGGUGCUACCUUCCCUUGAUUCUCUUACAGAGGCUGGUGGAAUCAUGAGAGUCGAAAUGAGUCCUGGCGGAACAACAGGCACGAUCGUUCAGACGAGCGAACCAGCCCAAAUCAACUUAACCAACGUCUCUGUCCCAGCUCCGGAUCUUCCUUGCUUGGACGAUACCGCUCCUGCCGUGGCUACUCCGGUUACAACCACCGCAACACCAUUGACAGAGGCUACAUCGAGCAGCGAAUCGUCGAUCGCUGCUGGAUUGACAACAGCCACGGUUACCUCGACCAGCACGAUAGCGAUCGCGUCCACCGAUGUAACUAAAUCCGAAGAGAAACUGUCGGAGGAGAGGAAGGUAGCGGAAGACGCGUCCAACUUGGUAACGAUAACCGGCGAGGACGGUGUUGUUUAUCAAGUGGCGGGCCAAGCCGAGGAUGGUCAAACGUUGUUAGUCACUCGUGACGCUGAUGGCGAACAACAAUGCGUGUACGUUACCACUGAACAACAAGGUGACGAAGGAUCUGUAUUGACGUUGGACCAUGCUGUGGCGGAAGCUGUUGCUCAGCUGAUACCUGAUCAGGUAAACCUGGCCUCACAGUUUUACGUAAAGGAGGGUGGAACGGAGCCUACUGAAAAUCCAAUGGUUAUGUCUAUCAUGGAUAACACGAACGCUACCGACGUGACCGAAGGGCAAGAGGAGGGCGACGGUCACGGGCAAGUCGUAGCUCAGGUCGUACAAGCGGAAGAACCUACUCCAGGCGGUACCAGAAGAGUGGUUCUCCUUUUACCUGACGGGAACCUGAUGAUGACCGAAGUGACGGAAGAACAGUAUGCUGCGCUCGGACUAGGCAAGUGAAGAGACACUUAAAACGUUGACACACACGUGAAAUGAAUAAACAAUCAUGCAUCGAACUUAUACAAUUUACGUGGAAGUUGUACGCUUAAGGGUGAUCGUGGGUUGUAUAUAUUGUAAGAACGUUCACUUCGUACAAUUGCAAUGGAUGAAAAUUUAUCAGACAUAUGUUUUCCAGCUAAUACAAUGUGACAGAUUAAAACAACAUAUAAGCUGGUGUAUUGUAAAAACAUAAAACAAAAAAAAAAAAAAAG